AUGUAUGGCCCAUGUUAUAAACCUUUCUGCUCAAGAGGCAUUGAAUCCCUUAAAGGAAUUGGUCCAGAAAGAGAAGAAGAAAUUUUAGAUAAUAAUGAUAAUGAAUUGUCAAUUGGUGUAAUUGCAAAAAAUCAAUGUAAUGCAUCUAAUUUAAAAGGCCUACAAUUAAUACCAGAUAUAAAGACAAGGUGGAAUUCAACAUUUGACAUUAUAGAAAGAGCAAUAUUUUUGCAAGAGUAUUUUAAAGAAGCCACUCUUGAAAUUAGUAAAUAUUCUUAUCCAUUACUUGGUGAAACUGUACCUAUAUAUAAUUAUUUAAUUGAUAUGAUCAAAGAUUUUAUUGAUGAUGAGGGCUAUAAUAAUGAUGUAGCUGAUGCAGCAUUAAAGGCAAAGAAUAAGCUGCAGCAAUACUAUCCAAGUUCAGAUGGCCUUGUUUAUGUGAUUUCCACAA